AGCUUCUCUAAUGCUCUCACCAAGAACAUAGUGGCCAUGCUGGUAUGGCUGGCCCUCAGUUUCAUCAACGGCAGCAUGGUGCACACCUUCCUACGCUACAGACUCUUCUAUGAGAACCCCCGGUACAUCAUGUUCAUCUGCAUGGUGGUCAACGACGCCCUGCAGCUAAGCCUGGUAACAGCUCUCUACGUGGUCAGCUACAUCUUCAGGAAGAUCCACACGUCUGUCUGCUGCUUUCUGAUCAUGACAGCGGUCCUCACCACCCGCUCCACCCCUCUGAUCCUGGCCGGCAUGGCCGUGGAGCGCUACAUCUCCAUCUGCUUCCCCUUGCACUACAGUCAGAUGUGCACCGUCCCUCGCACCCUCCUCCUCAUCUGUGCCAUCCUCAUCCUCACCUUCACUCCGCCCAUCACUGACCUCCUCAUCACCAUCGUCAACGAGCCUCUAAGUUACUUCAACAGCACCAUUUUUUGUGACCACCCACUUCUGUUUCGCCACCCGUCCAUCUACUACAAGAACUGUGUGUUUGACGGGGUGUACCUGUCCUUUGUGGCUCUGACGCUGCUCUACACCUACUGUAAGAUCAUGCUGGCAGCACAAGCGGCCUCAACAAGCCUGGUCUCUGUGAAGAGAGCGAGGAACACUGUGCUGCUCCAUGGGGUGCAGCUGCUGCUGUGCAUGCUUGCCUUUGUGGUUCCUUCCCUCCAGGCUGCUCUCAUCUCCCUCUUCCCCCUAAUGAGUCUGGAGAUCCGAUACAUCUUUUUCCUGGUCGUCUACAUCAUCCCCCGUUUCCUGAGCCCUGUGAUCUACGGUUGUCGGGACGAGCAGUUCAGGAAGUACUUGAUCCGGGACCUGGUUUGUCGGAGCCAAAGUCUCACCAGGGUCAGAUCGGUGUAGCUGAAAGUGAACCUGUAGGUGAAAUAACCACAUCAGGCAACUAGACCUCUGUCUACUUGAU